AUGGCUCCUCCAAAUCAAAUAUGCUUAGUUGUAGUUAUUUUCUUAUCAAUCUUUUCGCUUUCUUCUUUGCCAACAAGUGCAAUUAUUCCAAAGGCUAAUGUUUCCCUCCCGAUACCUUCUUCGCAACUAGUAGAAAAUUUAUGCAAUGGCAAGGCAAUUCAAAAUCGCAGGUUUUGCCUGAAAGCACUUUCAACUCACGAAGUUAUUGCGGCAAUGGAUACAACCCAAUUAGGAACCCUCAUUAUGAAAUUAGGAGCAGUAAAUGCCAAAGCAACAUUGAAUGCUUUGAAAGCUCUUAAUUGUUGCGUUGAGGCUUACAAAUAUGCAAUCUUAUCAUUUGAAAUGGUAUCUUCAGAAUUGGUUGAAGAUCCCCAAACCGCAAACUAUGAUGUAGCUGUUAUAGGUACUGAAAUUGCUAAUUGUGAAAAGGAACUGAUUAACGCAAAGGUUCAAGCACCUCGACUCCUUGCUGGGAAUCGAUUUAUGAAAUAUUAUGUCUCAAUGGGAUAUGAGAUAACAUCAACUCUUGAGCUUGAAAAUCCAAAUGAGUAUUAG